UUGCAUUGGAAAAAGUCAUCCACUAAAGGCGCUUCAAGAAAGUUUGUGAUUUAAUUUUUCUUUCCGUUUUAUGUUUAAUGCAUUUUGUGUGAAACCUCGUUGUCAAAGUGUGACGGAAUACGAGACGUGAAGGCGAAGCCAAAGAAUGUGCGGCUGCAUACUUGAACUCCUUCAUGCUGCAGUCUGAGGAGCCGGUGCCAGAGAAGAGUCAGCAUGGACGUGGAAGACUUCCCUCCCCCACCUCCUGAAAUGUUGGUGGACAAUGACUCAUAUGAAGAUGAGGGAGAGGCCUUUGAGUUUGAUGACAGCGGUGAUGAUAUUCCUGAGGCUGACCGGUUGCCUCCUCCUGCUCCUCCAGUGUUUAUAGCCCCGAGUGCAGAGGAUCACAGUGAAGAAGACUUACCCCCACCUGUCGACACAGAGACAGCCCCAUUGCCCGACGAGUCAACAAUCACAAGCAGCCAGUUCCUCUCUACAGGAGGAGAGGUGGUACCAGGAGCGCACACGUCUGUAGCUGAGAACAAAGAUGCAGAUUUACCGGCACCACCUUCUCUCAGUGACAUGGAGAGAGAUGAGGAAAAAACAGCCGGUGAAAUCUCUAUUCCACCUCAACAAGACAUCAUCCCACAGAAAGCCCCCUCCCAGGGAAAAGUCAACCCCUACUCUGUGAUUGACAUUUCUCCACUCCAAGCGCAGCAGCUGGAGCAGACCCAGCAUGGCCCCUCCUCCCCUGCCUCCACACCCACAGAGCCUAAUGCUCCAACAGACCUCCACCCAAGUCCUGUCGGCAUCACCUCAGGCUACUCAGUCCCAGUGCCCUGCGGUUAUGCGACGCCCUCCAGUGUGCCUCUUAUCACCCCAGCUUACACCACACCCGUCAUCAUUCGACACCUCUCUAUGGAUGAAGAAGUCACACUGGUUGGGACUGGCAGCACAUCUGUUGACAGUGUUUUUAGUGAAGAGUACCCCCCCAUUAGAGAAGAGGAUGCCUUGGCUAAAUGGGUUUCAGAUCCAGCUAACACUGCAUGGAUGGAAAAUCCUGAUGAAGUGAUUUACGAUGAUGUGCCAAGGGAAAACUCAGACACAGAGAAUGAAGAGAUGAUCUAUGAUGAUGUUGAGCUUGGUGAGGAGGAGGGAGGUAACAGUCUGGACAAUGGCUGGAGCUCCAGUGAGUUUGAGAGCUACGAUGAGGCAAGUGACGGAGAAGGAUGCCAUGACAACGGUGUACCCCAUGCCUUUAUGAGAGGGAAGCCACCCCAAAAGAAAACACAUCUCUCUCAAGAUCUUACACGCUUGAAAGAACACUAUGAGAAAAAGAUGAAAGAUCUAAUGGCUAAUACAGUGGGGACUGUAGAGCUGCAACAACUUAAACAGAAACAUGAGCAGAAGAUGCAGAAGUUGGUGAAAGCAGCAAAAGAAGGGACCAAAGAUGGACUUGAGAAAACCAAAGCUGCUGUGAAAAAGGGACGUUCUUUCAUCAAAACAAAAUCCUUCGGUAACGAGAGAAAGUCAGACUGUUUCGAAGAAGAGGCAGAGGUUUUCAUAGAGGUGGACUGUUUUAAUGUUGAACCAGUGUUGUGUUCUGCACCAGAGGGCCUUUCACAGCAACAGCUUGUUAGAAGAUGUAUCCUGGGGUCUAUCUUGGAAAGUGAGAAGAACUACCUUGAAGCUUUAAAAAGGAUAUUGGAGCAAUAUGAGAAGCCCCUGACCCAGAUCGAGCCCCGGCUACUGAGUGACAGGAAACUGAAAAUAAUCUUUUACCGCGUGCGAGAAAUUCUGCAGUGCCACUUCUUGUUCCAGAUAGCACUGGCCAGCCGAGUAGCAGAGUGGGACAGUUUGGAGAUGAUCGGAGAUGUGUUUGUGGCAUCGUUUUCAAAGUCCAUGGUACUAGAUGCCUACAGUGAAUAUGUAAACAACUUCAGCACUGCAAUGGCUGUUGUGAGAAAGACCUGCACAGCCAAACCUGGCUUUUUAGAAUUUCUUAAGCAUCGUCAAGAAACCAGUAUGGACAGAAUGACUUUGUAUGGCCUUAUGAUGAAACCUAUUCAACGAUUUCCACAAUUUAUACUACUACUCCAGGACAUGUUGAAGAACACACCUGUGGGCCACGCGGACCGCCUACCUCUGCAGAUGGCCCUGACUGAAUUAGAGACAUUGGCUGACAAGCUGAAUGAAAAGAAAAGGGAAGCUGAUCAGCGCUGUGAAAUACGCCACAUUGCAAAAGCUAUGAAUGAACGUUAUCUCAACAAGCUCCUGAGUAAUGGCAGUCGAUAUCUGAUCCGCUCAGAUGACAUGGUAGAGACAGUGUACAGUGAUCGAGGUGAAAUCAUCAAAACCAAAGAGCGGCGUCUCUUUCUGCUGAAUGAUGUUCUCAUGUGCGCCACGCCUAAUGUCCGGUGUCCAGAUGGCAGUGUGAGUGGGACUGGGAAUGUGUCUGUAGACCAGAGGUUCCUGCUGAAGUGGAGUGUGCCUUUAAACCUGGUGGAAGUUCUGGAGUUUGGAUCCAGUGAGGACAUGCCCGAGAACAGUCGCUUCCAACCGCCUCAUUCUGGGGAGAAGGUGGUCAUCAAUGCUAAGCCAAACAAACUAUACAUGGGGCCUGGACAGCUUUAUCAAGAUUUGCAGAAUCUAAUCCAUGACCUCAGCCUGGUGAACCAAAUAUCCAGCAUGAUAAGCAGCCUCAAAGGAAACUACCAGAAUGUGAACCCCACAGUGGCACAGGACUGGGUGUCAGGUCUACAGAGGCUCAUCCUGAAGAAGGAAGAGGAGAUUAGGGCCGCUGACCGCUGCAGGAUCCAGCUCCAGCUGCCGGGAAAACAAGACAAGUCUGGUAAAGCCACUUACUUCAGCGCAGUAUUCAAUACUCUGAGCCCAGCAAUCAAACAAUCUUGGAUCAGUAACUUGCAAAUGGCAAAGUUGGCUCUAGAGGAGGACAACACACAUGGAUGGUUCUUUGCAGAGGACGAUGGGAAUCAAAUCAAAAAGCAGAAGCACCCUCUUCUGCUCAAACAGAUGCCUGUGGUCAUGUCCAAACUACAGGAGUUCAAAGUGGAAUGUGCAGUUCAUAACCCAGAGCCCCACAUAAAUACAGAGAGCACUGCUGAUACACCAGUCCUGGGACAUGGGUGUGUUUGGGUUGCAAGUUGUACCAAUCAGAUGGGACAGAUAGCUAUUGUAGCCAUGCAGAAUUCCAGCCCAAAGGUGACGGAGUGUUUCAAUGUGGAGUCCCGUAUCUUGUGCAUGGCCUAUGUCCCCACUGAGCAGCCGCAGGAGAACGCAGACAGUGUGUCCGAGAACAAUCACACAGCACCAGGAAAAGCUGCUGAAAGCCCCACUGUGUGUUUGGGCAUGGAAGAGGGCAGUAUUAUUGUGUACAAGAGCAGUCAGAGGUCAAAGAAAGUCCGUCUACAGCAUUUCUUCACUCCAGACAAAUCCACAGUGACCAGCCUGGUGUAUCAGAAACACUGUCUCUAUGUGGGCUUGGUGAGCGGCUCUUUGCUCGUCUACUCCAGAGCUCCAGAUGGUUUGUGGAGCUCAGACAAGCCUAAGGUGCUGAAGCUGGGCGUUCUACCUGUGAAGGCAAUGCUGGCAGUGGAGGAGCACCUCUGGGCAUCAUCGGGGGGACAGGUUUUCAUCAUCAGCACCCAAUCCCACACUGUCGAGAAGCAGCUGGAGGCCCACCAGGAGGAGGGCAUGGUGGUGUCGCACAUGGUGGUGGCUGGGGUGGGCAUCUGGAUUGCUUUUAGUUCUGGCUCCAGCCUCCGUCUUUUCCACACGGAGACCCUGGAGCACCUACAGGACAUCAACAUUGCCACGCCAGUUCACAGUAUACUGCUCGGUAACCAUAGAGUUUCAGUGAGCAGUCUGCUAGUAUGUCAUGGGCUGCUUUUGGUCGGCACUAACCUGGGGGUGACAGUGGGCCUAUCGGUUCCCAGACUGCAGGGCAUCCCCAAGGUGACAGGUCGGGGUAUGGUGUCCUUGCACGCUCACAGUGGACCAGUGAAGUUUCUCACUAUGGCGGCUGCAGUUUGUAAUCGCCCCUCGUCCACACUACAGUCUAACCCGGCCUCUGCUCAGCCUGUUGAGCUUGUAGAUGGAGAUGGCACUGAUCCACCUUCAGAUUCGACCCUCACCCCAGCGCAGGGCAGAGGGGUGUGGCUGGGAGAGUCUGGCUGCACCAACAUGGCUCUCCAGGACUCCCUCUCCUCCUCCUGUGGCUCUCUGGCCCCCUCCCAGGGCUCCCUAGAGCAUGGGCCAGAGGAUGGGGCCCUGUACGACCUGCUGCACGACCCAUCCCACCAGCAGAGGGGCCGCCGUACCAACAAGGUCAACGUCAGCUCCGUGCUCGUUGUCUCUGGAGGUUUGGGCCACCGAAAAGUCAACAAAAAGACCAAGCCAUCACGGCAUGAAGACACAACAUCCUCGAUCAUGAUUUGGCAGAUCCCACUGAUUAACAUGUAACGGACCAACACAAAGGUCUAGCACACAAUGGAUCAAAUGACUAUUUUGUUUUAAAUUUCAUUACUGAAUAUUUAUGUUUCUGAUACCAGAGCUGCUUCAAAUAAGUAUCAUAAGAACAAGAAAAGUGUGUAUUUAAAAUUAUCGUUAUAACCACUGAUGCAUAACAGUAUUUGACAAAACAGUUUUGUUUUUUUGUUUUUGUUUUUUUUUACUUGCUUGUUAAUAUGCUUUUCAAAAUAGCAUAUCAUUCAUUUUUCAUAAACAAAGCUAAUUCUGUUUGUGUGCCAUUUUACAGCAUUAGAAUUUUAGUAUUUACAUUUUGGAAAUGGAAUACGAGGUUGUGGCCUUUGUAAGGUUACAAUUGUGAUUGGAAUCAUGUAACAUAUUUUUUAGAAACAUUUCUCUUAGAUUAACCUUAUGUAAGCAUUGGAAGAAUGCCUCUGGAUUGUGUUGGAAAAGACUGAAGAUGGAAUUUGGAUUUUGUCAAAUACGUUGAUCGAUUUUGUAACACUGAACAACUGUUGGGAACAGCCUAACAAUCCUAACAACAGAAAAAGGGAAAUUAUGACAAAUAUUUAGAACUGUUUUAAAAUGGGAAUUCCUGGCUGGCCAGGUUUAGUCAUGCCUGUAAGAGGGAUGUAUUACUUACUCAUUUGUUUCCCCCAUGUGUUAUUUCCCCCAUGGGUUUGCUACAUGGAUAUUUAAAAAUACAUAUUUUAUACUGCCAC